AUGGCAAGAAAGAGAUUACGCCCAAUCAGUACAAACGUUCUUUGUAUAGUUGCGUUCUUGGGAUCCGCCGUAGGGCUUUACUGUCUCUUACUUGGCACCUUGACUCAAUCGGCUGAGUUGUUCACUGAUGAUUCACCAGCCAGCGUUUCCCUCGUCGGCCAAUGUAGUGGAGAAGGUGAUGCUGGCAGUGAAUGUCUUCAAUACAUCCCUCGUAGCGUGGUGCGCACGUGGAAGAACCGUGACUUCCUGAUUUUGUUUGGCAUUCCCUCCGUUGACAUUCGUGGUAGGCGAAGGCUUCGCACCCUUCAGCGCUCAACGUGCUGGCAGUUCCCCCAUGUGGCGACUAAAUCAAACAACUUCACCGGUGCGAUGCUGGUGCUGUACGUGCUUGCGCGGCACCCGUCACACAACUUCACGUACUCUUUGGCGCUGCAGCGUGAGGCGGCGGAGUGGCACGAUGUGAUUGCGCUGCCGAUGAAUGAGGGACGCUCCUCUACGAACAAGAAGAUCGGUGGUGGUGGCUUCUGGGGAAAUGAGGCUGAGGUCGGAAUGAGCCGCAAGACGUUCUUUUGGUUCGAGUUGGCGCUCUGUCUGUUCCCGAAUGUGAGCUAUAUCGCGAAGGGUGACGACGACAUGUUCCUGCGUGUGCCGCAGUACCUCGCCGACCUGCGCUCGCUGCCUCGCCGCGGGGUGUAUUGGGGCUCUACAGCCUUUAUUAAUAGUGUUGCUAGUUUUCAAAUGGUAGUUGGGUUUUGCAUGACACUCUCGAGGGAUGUGGUGCAGCAGUUCGUGUCGUACAAACCG